GGAAAUCGCGUGCACGUGACGAGUCACGAGAUAAGUACCGUUUAGGCCUCGCACCACGAUCGUCCGAGUCAAGCUCUCCAUCAGUGCCAGCAUUAAGCAAUGGCAGCGUCAACGGCGCCGACGUCUCAAACGCACCCAGCUUCGCUACCGCCAUCAGUAUUUACUCUCCCCCAAACAGCACAACUCGAGGCCCUGUACACCAUCAUCCGCGAUAAAACCACAAGUCGAGGAGAUUUCUUGUUUUACUCUGACCGGAUCAUUCGUCUACUUGUUGAAGAAAGUUUAAAUCAUCUACCUGUGAUCCCAAAGAUAGUGGAGACUCCAACGGGCGCCACAUACGAAGGUGUUGGCUUUGAGGGAAAGAUUUGUGGAGUAUCAAUCUUGCGCGCUGGCGAGGCCAUGGAAGCUGGUCUUCGAGAAGUAUGCCGUAGCGUGCGCAUUGGAAAGAUUCUGAUUCAACGAGAUGAGGAGACUGCUCUGCCGAAGCUCUUUUAUUCGAAGCUUCCUGAAGACAUCGCAUCCAGAUACGUACUUCUCCUUGAUCCGAUGCUAGCUACUGGAGGCUCCGCUAUGAAGGCAGUUGAGGUUUUGCAGGAGCAAGGCGUCCCAGAAGAGCGAAUAAUAUUCAUUAACCUGAUUGCUGCACCAGAAGGUUUGAAGAGAUUCUGUGGUAGAUUCCCAUCUUUGCGUGUGAUCACCGGAUGGAUUGACAAGUGUCUCAAUGAGAAAUCUUACAUCAUUCCAGGUUUGGGUGACUUUGGAGAGCGAAGAUAUUGCGAAUGAAAAAUCGUCACAAGUAGCGUCAAUCAUCGCACUUUC